GCGGCCCCGGCGGGCGCCUGAGCCCGGCCGAGCGCCGCCGGCGCGGCCCAUGGGAAGCGACGAGCGGCGCGGCGGCAGCGUGAGCGCGGCCCGCGGCUCCCCGCACCAUGGCUCGCUUCGCAGACGAGGCGCCGGCCCGCUACGGGCCGCCGGGAGCCGCGGCGGGCGGCCCCGGGGCGGCGGCGGCGGCGGCGGCGGCGGGCGGCCGGGCGGCGGGGGGCCCCCGCGGCGGCGGCCCCCCCGGCCCGCAGAGGAUGUACAAGCAGUCGAUGGCCCAGCGAGCCCGCACCAUGGCUCUCUACAACCCCAUCCCCGUCCGGCAGAACUGCCUGACCGUCAACCGCUCCCUCUUCCUCUUCAGCGAGGAUAACGUGGUGAGGAAAUACGCCAAAAAGAUCACCGAAUGGCCUCCUUUUGAAUACAUGAUUUUAGCCACCAUCAUCGCCAACUGCAUCGUCCUGGCGCUGGAGCAGCACCUGCCCGACGAGGACAAGACCCCCAUGUCGGAGCGGCUGGACGACACGGAGCCCUACUUCAUCGGCAUCUUCUGCUUCGAGGCGGGCAUCAAGAUCAUCGCGCUGGGCUUCGCCUUCCACAAAGGCUCCUACCUGCGCAACGGCUGGAACGUGAUGGACUUCGUGGUCGUCCUCACCGGCAUCCUGGCCACGGUGGGCUCCCAGUUCGACCUGCGGACGCUGCGGGCCGUCCGCGUGCUCCGGCCGCUCAAGCUGGUCUCGGGGAUCCCAAGUUUGCAGGUCGUCCUCAAGUCCAUCAUGAAGGCGAUGAUCCCCCUGCUGCAGAUCGGCCUCCUCCUCUUUUUCGCGAUCCUCAUUUUCGCCAUCAUCGGAUUAGAGUUUUAUAUGGGCAAAUUCCACACCACCUGCUUCGACCUGGUGACGGACGAGAUCAAGGUGGAAGUUCCUUGCGGGACGGACGAGCCGGCGCGGAUCUGCCCCAACGGCACCAAGUGCAAGAAGUACUGGGAAGGGCCCAACUACGGCAUCACGCAGUUCGACAACAUCCUCUUCGCCGUGCUCACUGUCUUCCAGUGCAUCACCAUGGAAGGGUGGACAGACCUCCUCUAUUAUAGCAACGAUGCCUCAGGGAACACUUGGAACUGGCUGUACUUCAUCCCCCUCAUCAUCAUCGGCUCCUUUUUUAUGCUGAACCUCGUGCUGGGGGUGCUGUCCGGGGAGUUCGCCAAAGAGAGGGAGCGGGUGGAGAACCGCCGGGCCUUCCUGAAGCUGCGGCGGCAGCAGCAGAUCGAGCGCGAGCUCAACGGCUACAUGGAGUGGAUCUCCAAAGCGGAAGAGGUGAUCCUGGCGGAGGACGAGACCGAGGGCGAGCAGAGACACCCCUUCGAUGCUCUGCGCCGCGCCGCCGUCAAGCGGAGCACCACCGACCUGCUGCGCCCCGAGGACGCCGACGAGCCGCUGGCCGACAUCUCCUCCGUGGGCUCCCCCUUCGCCCGCGCCAGCCUCAAAAGUGCCAAGCUGGAAAACGCCACCUUCUUCCACAAGCGGGAGAGGAGGAUGCGUUUCUACAUCCGCCGCAUGGUCAAAACUCAGGCCUUCUACUGGACCGUCCUCAGUCUGGUAGCUCUCAACACCUUGUGUGUUGCUAUAGUUCACUACAACCAGCCAGAUUGGCUAUCCGACUUCCUCUACUAUGCAGAAUUCAUUUUCUUGGGACUCUUUAUGUCCGAAAUGUUUAUAAAAAUGUACGGGCUGGGGACGCGGCCUUACUUUCACUCGUCCUUCAACUGCUUCGACUGUGCCGUUAUCAUCGGAAGCAUCUUCGAGGUGAUCUGGGCCGUCGUGAAGCCGGGAACUUCCUUCGGGAUCAGCGUGUUACGAGCUCUCAGGUUACUGCGUAUUUUCAAAGUCACCAAGUACUGGGCUUCCCUGCGGAACCUGGUGGUCUCCCUCCUGAACUCCAUGAAGUCCAUCAUCAGCCUCCUCUUCCUCCUCUUCCUCUUCAUCGUCGUCUUCGCCCUUUUGGGGAUGCAGCUCUUCGGGGGACAGUUCAAUUUUGACGACGGGACCCCUCCCACCAACUUCGACACCUUCCCGGCAGCAAUAAUGACGGUCUUUCAGAUCCUGACGGGCGAAGACUGGAACGCGGUGAUGUACGACGGCAUCAAAUCUCAGGGCGGCGUCAAGGGCGGGAUGGUUUUCUCCGUCUACUUCAUCGUCCUCACCCUCUUCGGCAACUACACCCUCCUGAACGUCUUCUUGGCCAUCGCGGUGGACAACCUGGCCAACGCGCAGGAGCUCACCAAGGACGAGCAGGAGGAGGAGGAGGCCGCCAACCAGAAGCUGGCGUUGCAGAAGGCCAAGGAGGUGGCCGAAGUGAGCCCGCUGUCGGCGGCCAACCUGUCCAUCGCCGUGAAGGAGCAGCAGAGGAGCCAGAAGCCGUCCAAGUCGGUGUGGGAGCAGCGGACGAGCGAGCUGCGCAAGCAGAACUUGCUGGCGAGCCGCGAGGCGCUCUACAGCGAGCUGGACCCCGAGGAGCGCUGGAAGCUGGCCUGCGCCCGCCGCCUGCGCCCCGACGCCAAGACCCACCUGGACCGCCCGCUGCUGGUGGACCCCCGGGAGAACCGCAACAACAACACCAACAGGACGCGGCCCCCCGAGGGCCCCCGCCGGCCGCCCCGCUGCGCCGAGCCCCCCGGCCCCCGGCCGGCCCCCGAGGGGCCCUGCCGGCCGCCGGAGCGCCGCGAGCCCGGCUACGGCCAGCCGGCCCCCGAGCCCCCCCGGCGGCACCGGGCGCCCAGGGAGAGCCGCGCCGGGUCGCCGCGGGCCGAGGGCGAGCGGGAGCACCGGCGGCACCGGGGGCACCGGCGGCCGGAGGAGGGCGAGGAGGGCGGCCGGGCGGAGCGGCGGCCGCGGCACCGCGAGGGCGGCCGGCCCGAGGGCGAGCACGGCGAGGGCGAGCGCCGCCGGCGCCACCGGCACCCGGCCCAGGCCAGCUACGAGGCCGACGGCCGGCGGGACGACCGCGAGCGGCGGCACCGGCGGCGGAAGGAGAGCCCGGGGCCCGGGGGGCCGCCCGCCCCCACCCUCUCCACCACCCGCCCCAUCCAGCAGGACCCGGGCCGCCUCCAGCCCCGCGUCGCCGAGGACAUCGACAACAUGAAGAACGACAAGUUGGCCACCGCCGAGCCCCCCGCCCCGGCCGCCGCCGCCCGGCCGCCCGGCCCGGCCCCCGUGGGCAACCACGCCGAGCGCCCGGCGGGCCGGAACCCCCCCGGCAACCCCCCCGGCAACCCCCCCGAGGGCGGCGCCGUCGGCACCAACCCCGGCCCCCGCGACGAGCCGGCCAAGGCGGCCAAGAAGCCCGAGCACACGGCCGUGGAGAUCCCGCCGCCCUUCCCGCCGCCCGUCCCCAACGCCGUCAUCCAGGUGAACAAGAACGCCAACCCCGACCCGCCGCCCAAGCCGGAGGAGGAGGAGAAGAAGGAGGAGGAAGCUGCCGACGGAGAGGAAAACGGGCCCAAGCCCAUGGUGCCCUACAGCUCCAUGUUCGUCCUCUCCACCACCAACCCCUUCCGCCGGCUGUGCCACUACAUCGUCAACCUGCGCUACUUCGAGAUGUGCAUCCUCAUGGUCAUCGCCAUGAGCAGCAUCGCCCUGGCCGCCGAGGACCCCGUGCAGCCCAACGCCCCCCGCAACAACGUCUUGCGCUACUUCGACUACGUCUUCACGGGCGUCUUCACCUUCGAGAUGGUGAUCAAGAUGGUGGACCUGGGGCUGGUGCUUCACCAAGGUGCCUAUUUCCGGGACCUGUGGAACAUCCUGGACUUCAUCGUGGUCAGCGGGGCGCUGGUGGCCUUCGCCUUCACAGGCAGCAGCAAAGGGAAGGACAUCAACACCAUCAAGUCCCUCCGCGUCCUCCGCGUCCUCCGGCCCCUGAAGACCAUCAAGCGGCUGCCGAAGCUCAAGGCCGUCUUCGACUGCGUCGUCAACUCCCUCAAGAACGUCCUCAACAUCCUCAUCGUCUACAUGCUCUUCAUGUUCAUCUUCGCCGUGGUGGCCGUCCAGCUCUUCAAGGGCAAGUUCUUCUACUGCACCGACGAGUCCAAGGAGUUCGAGAAGGACUGCAGGGGGGAAUACCUGGUCUACGAGAAGGACAACGAGGUGAAGGCGCAGAAGCGGGAGUGGAAGAAGUACGACUUCCACUACGACAACGUGCUCUGGGCUCUGCUCACCCUCUUCACCGUGUCCACGGGGGAAGGCUGGCCGCAGGUCCUCAAGCACUCGGUGGAUGCCACCUACGAGAACCAGGGCCCCAGCCCGGGCUAUCGCAUGGAGAUGUCCAUCUUCUACGUGGUCUACUUCGUGGUCUUCCCCUUCUUCUUCGUCAACAUCUUCGUGGCCUUGAUCAUCAUCACCUUCCAGGAGCAGGGGGACAAGAUGAUGGAGGAGUACAGCCUGGAGAAGAACGAGAGGGCCUGCAUCGACUUCGCCAUCAGCGCGAAGCCCCUGACGCGCCACAUGCCCCAGAACCGCCAGAGCUUCCAGUACCGCAUGUGGCAGUUCGUGGUGUCCCCCCCCUUCGAGUACACCAUCAUGGCCAUGAUCGCCCUCAACACCAUCGUCCUCAUGAUGAAGUUCUACGACGCCUCGGACGCCUACGAGAACGUGCUGAAGAUGUUCAACAACGUCUUCACCUCCCUCUUCUCCCUCGAGUGUCUCCUCAAGAUCAUGGCCUUCGGCGUGCUGAACUAUUUCCGCGACGCCUGGAACAUCUUUGAUUUUGUCACCGUUCUGGGGAGCAUCACGGACAUCCUCGUGACCGAGUUUGGGAACAACUUCAUCAACCUCAGCUUCCUGCGCCUCUUCCGGGCCGCGCGGCUCAUCAAGCUGCUCCGCCAGGGCUACACCAUCCGCAUCCUGCUCUGGACCUUCGUCCAGUCCUUCAAGGCGCUGCCCUACGUCUGCCUGCUCAUCGCCAUGCUCUUCUUCAUCUACGCCAUCAUCGGGAUGCAGGUCUUCGGCAACAUCGGCAUCGAGGAGGAGGACGACGAGUCGGCCAUCACCCAGCACAACAACUUCCGCACCUUCUUCCAGGCCCUCAUGCUGCUUUUCCGGAGUGCCACCGGCGAGGCCUGGCACGAGAUCAUGCUGUCGUGCCUGGGCGGGAAGCCCUGCGACGAGAACUCGGGCAUCAAGGAGCACGAGUGCGGCAACGAGUUCGCCUACUUCUACUUCGUCUCCUUCAUCUUCCUCUGCUCCUUCCUGAUGCUCAACCUCUUCGUCGCCGUCAUCAUGGACAACUUCGAGUACCUGACGCGCGACUCCUCCAUCCUGGGCCCCCACCACCUGGACGAGUACGUGCGCGUGUGGGCCGAGUACGACCCCGCCGCCUGCGGCCGCAUUCACUAUAAGGAUAUGUACAGUUUAUUGCGCGUAAUAUCUCCCCCCCUGGGCUUAGGCAAGAAAUGCCCUCAUAGGGUUGCUUGCAAGCGGCUGCUCCGCAUGGACCUGCCGGUGGCCGACGACAACACGGUGCAUUUCAACUCCACCCUCAUGGCCCUGAUCCGCACCGCCCUCGACAUCAAGAUCGCCAAAGGGGGAGCCGACAAGCAGCAGAUGGACGCGGAGCUGCGCAAGGAGAUGGUCGCCAUCUGGCCCAACCUGUCCCCGAAGAACCUGGACCUGCUCGUCACCCCCCACAAGUCCACGGACCUGACGGUGGGGAAGAUCUACGCUGCCAUGAUGAUCAUGGAGUACUACCGGCAGAGCAAGGCCAAGAAGCUGCAGGCCAUGAGGGAGGAGCAGAACCGGACGCCGCUGAUGUUCCAGCGCAUGGAGCCGCCGUCCCCGACGCAGGAGGGGGCCCCGGGGCCGGACGCGGUGGCCACGGCCGAGCCGGGCGGGGGGCUGGCCGCGCACGAUGGGGGCCUCAAGGAGAGCCAGUCGUGGGUCACCCAGCGCGCCCAGGAGAUGUUCCAGAAAACGGGGACCUGGAGCCCCGAGCGGGGGCACCCCGAGGACGUCCCCAACAGCCGCCCCAACUCCCAGUCGGUGGAGCUGCGCGAGCUGCCCAAGGACGGCUACUCCGACAGCGACUACCUGCCCGUGGAGGGCCCCGGCCGGGCCGCCUCCAUGCCGCGGCUCCCCGCCGACAACCAGAGGAGGAAGGUCCGACCCCGAGGAAAUAACCUCAGUACCAUCGCGGACAGCAGCCCCAUGAAGCGCUCGGCCUCGCUGCUGGGCCACGCGCGCGCCCGGGGCAUCCGCCUGGACGACUACUCGCUGGAGCGGGUGAUCCCCGAGGACGGCCAGCGGCACCACCAGCGCCGGCGGGAGCGCGGCCACCGGGCCUCCGAGCGCUCCCUCAGCCGCUACACCGACGUGGACACAGGCCUGGGCACCGACCUCAGCGUCACCACGCAGUCGGGCGACCUCCCGCCCAAGGAGCGCGAGCAGGAGCGGGGCCGCGCCAAGGACCGCCGGCACCGCCACCACCACCACCACCACCACCACCACCACCACGGCGCCGGCGACCGGGACCGGGACCGGGACCGGGACCGGGACAGGGACAGGGACAGGGACCGGGAGCGCCCGGCGCCCGAGCGGCCCCGCUCCCGCGACCGCCGCUGGUCCCGCUCGCCCAGCGAGGGCCGCCAGCCCCCGGCCCAGCGCCAGGGCAGUAGCUCGGUGAGCGGCAGCCCGGCGCCCUCCACCUCGGGGACCAGCACUCCGCGCCGCGGCCGCCGCCAGCUGCCGCCCACGCCCGCCACGCCGCGGCCCCGCGUCUCCUACGCGCCCGCCGCCCGCCGCCCCCCCGCCGCCGCCCCCCGCCGCCCCCCCCCGCCGCCCGCCGCCGCCCGCCGCCCCCGGACGCCGCCGCCCGCCGCUGGCCCGAGCCGCCGCCGCGCGAGGGCCGCUCGCCCCGGACUGCCCGCGGCGCGGGGGGGGGCGGCGGCGGCGGGGCGGCGGCGGCGGCGGCGGCGGCGGGGGGGGGCGGCGGCGGCGGCGGGGGGGUCUCGCCCGCGGCACGGCCGCCGCCUGCCCAACGGCUACUACGCGGCGCCCGGCGGCAAAGCGCGACCCGCCGCCCCCCGCCCCGGCCCGCGAGACCCCUACAGCGAGACCGACGACGACUGCUGCUAGCGGCGGCCGGCUCUGUCGCGACACGCCGCGACACGGCGCCCCCCCCCCCCCGCCCCCCCGCCGGGGAAUGUGGUGGGGGGGGGCCGCGCGCGAUGCUAUGGAUGAGUUUUAUCAUCUCGACGAACCGCGGCGGGGGGGCGUGGGGAGGG